AUGCAGCAGGAAAAAAUCCGUGCAGAUUGGGGGCAACUACCCUUUGGAGUGCUGGACGCCAUCAGGAACCUGUUGCAAGGGAGAGCAGAGUGGACAGCUCCUACUGUGAAGUCCAUGAGGCUUGUCAAUCACCACUGGAGCCAGUGGUCAACAGAUUCAGUGACGUGUCAAAUGCUCCCCACCAGCUGUGUGGGCAUAGGUACGUUCCCAUACGUGCAGAAGCUGACUUUGCAGCGUGCAAUCAUGCUGGGCAGUUCAUUGCUAAGUGGAUUACAGAAGCUGCAGCACCUGCUGGAGCUUAGCCUGAAACAUUGCCAGGUGGGGGACGCUGUUCUGCAGGACGUAGCCAAGGUCGGGUCACUCACAAGUCUGCGCAUGUUCAACUGCACACUAGUCACAGACGCAGGGUUAGUGCACUUGGGAAAGUUGACAGGCUUGUCUUGUCUGCAAAUGGUGGCCUGUCAUGGAGUCACAGAUGGUGGCUUGGUUCAUGUCGGGGAGCUGACGACACUCACUAUGCUGGACUUGUCCCAUUGUCGAGAAGUAACAGACAAUGGCCUGAGACACGUGGGAAAGCUGCGAAGCCUGUUGUUCUUGAAGCUGGCGCGUUGCCGCCGGAUAUGGAUGGGCUGGGGACAUCUGAGCGGGCUGGUGCACCUUAGAAAGUUGGAUUUGGGAGAUUGCAAUCUCACUGAUGAGGGUAUGCAGCACCUGGGAAGUCUGACAGCGCUCACGGACUUGCGGAUGGCUGGUUCCUGUGGUUUGACAGAUGGUGGCCUGAGGCAUGUGGCAGUGGGAAAUGCUCUUGUGAACCUGGACCUGACGGACUGCUCGUGGAUCACGAACAGGGGUUUGAAGGACUUGUCACUGGCACCAACGAUAACAAACCUCAUCCUUCCUGGUAUCACAGAUGACAGCUUUCAAGAAGUGGGGAAUUUAUCAAAUAUGCGCACUUUAAGCCUUUAUGUGAGUGAUAGCAACACACAUGAAGGCUUGAGACCAUUGAGCAAGUUGGUGUCUUUGACAGACCUUACUAACCGGUGGGGAGGUGAUGGUGCACAUAAGUUUUUGGGACACUUACCCAAAUCAGGGAUGCUCACGUGCUUGGUAGCACAUGGCUGCCACCAUGUUGCACUUCUUGAGAACAUAGGGGAGCACGUUGCUCUGGAGAUGCUCCAUAUGACUGGCAGCUCCCAUGUUGCAGAUCGGGAAUUGAAGGUUCUGCAGAACCUCACACGGCUCAAGGAUCUUCGCCUGUCAUCUUCAGAGACAACUAUGAGAGGGAUGGAAACAAUGGCCAAGUUGGCAACACUGACCAGCCUGAACCUAACUAUGCGCGUCAGCUUCACGGAUGAAGGUUUGAGCCAUAUAGGGAACCUCUCAGCCCUAAGAGCACUUGACCUUGGCCCUUGCUGUGAGGUCACAGAUAUGGGCCUCACAGCUGUCGAGAAUCUAACAGCCCUUCGAAGCCUGCGUCUGAGGCGUGGCCAAUUGAUCACCAAUUGUGGCUUGAAGCAUGUGGCAAAACUGAUGGCACUAAACCGCUUCAGCUUGAUAUUUUUUCCACAGAUUAGUGACGAUGGUCUGACACAUUUGGAAGCGUUGGCGGAACUUGCAACUGUGAGCUUUGAUUUCUGCAAGCUCGUUACUGGACUGGGAUUGAAGCAAUUCGAAGAUCGCCAAGUCAGAAUCGAAGAUUGGGGUGAUUUUUACAUCUAG